UAAAAAUCAUUCGCACCUGUAGCUGUGCCACCUAGCAACAUGGGCCCUAUUUUGUUAGAAUCGGACGAGCAUCGCGACUUACUUGACAAUAUCGAUAAGCUGCGCUCCCAAGGCAUCAGCAGAUAUGUUGACUUGCCAGAGAUCAUUGUUUGCGGCGAGCAGUCUGCCGGAAAGAGCUCGGUAUUAGAGGCCAUCUCGGGCAUGUCCUUUCCCACCAAGGACAACCUUUGUACUCGUUUCGCGACAGAGCUGGUCCUGCGUCGGGACGCUGAUGCGGGGAUUAGUAUUUCGAUCAUACCUGCACCCGAAAGAACUCUAGCGGAGAUCGAACAAAUCUCCAACUUCAGACCUCAAGUUGACAUCAACGAGCACUUCCUUGGCCAAGUCGUCGAGGAUGCGAAGUCUGCCAUGGGAUUGUCGGACAAAAAGGUCUUCAGCACCGAUAUCCUCCACAUUGAGAUACGCGGACCGUCUCAGCCGCAUCUUACAAUAGUCGACCUUCCAGGACUCUUCAGGGCCGGCAAUCAGGACCAGUCUCUCGAAGAUGCUACAAUCGUCAGGGAAAUGGUGCGCAAAUACAUGGCGAGACCAAGAAGCAUCAUUCUGGCUGUCGUCUCGGCAAAGAGCGACUUUGCGCUUCAAGAGGUCACCGAGCUCACCCGCAAGAUUGAUCCACGAGGGAUUCGCACAUUGGGCCUUGUUACCAAGCCAGACACCUUGGAUGCUGGGUCAGAGAGCGAGGCAGCAUACCUCAAACUCGUCCAAAACAAAGACGUAAAGUUUCGGCUCGGUUGGCAUGUUCUGAAAAAUCGCAGUUUUCAGAUGAGAGACGCCUCCACGGAAGAUCGCGAUAAGGCCGAGGACGCCUUCUUCAAAUCUGGAGUCUGGGCUUCCAUUACCCCACGAUUUCUUGGUAUCAAGUCACUUAAGCCCCGGUUGAGCAACGUAUUGAAGGACCAGAUCCUUCUUCAGCUCCCCGGCCUUUUACGCGACAUUGAAACCAGCCUCGAGGAUUGUCGCCAGAGGCUGAAGCACAUCGGUCCAUCACGAAAAACAAUCAAAGAGCAGCGCCAGUAUCUACUGAGAAUAAGCCAAGAUUUUUCUAUCUUGAUGAAAGCUGCAGUAGAAGGAAACUACAGUCACUCUUUCUUUGGCAACGCGCUUGGUGAAGACGGAUAUAAGAGGCGUUUACGAGCGGUCGUUCAAAAUACGUUGACAGCUUUUGCGGCAGACAUGGAGAUGAAAGGUCAGAGCAGAGUCAUCACGGAGCAUUCUUCACAGACCGGUAUUUCUGGUACAAAGGAGAUAAGCCGCCUCGAAUACAUUGACGAGGUGAAAAAGCUCAUCAGGCGGAGCAGAGGUUGCGAGCUCCCAGGCACAUAUAACCCGAUGAUCAUCAGCGAGUUAUUCAUUCAACAGUGCCGGCCGUGGCGGCAGUUGGCAACAGCAGCAAAGGACACAAUUUUGGACUCGGUUCGAAAUGAGACGUACGCCAUCUUGACCUACGUGGCCAAUGCCGAAACAAGCGAAUCGCUUAUGCGCGUUGUUGGUAUGACUCUCGAAAGUCUCAAGACCGGACUUGAUAACAAACUGGACGAGUUGAUCAAAUCACACACCGAUGGUCACCCAAUAACUUACAACCAUUACCUAACCGAGAACGUGCAAAAAGUGCAAGCCGCUAGACGCCGGGUGCAAAUGAAGACCGCCCUUGAGAACUUCUUUGGUGAUAGAAUCGGAAAUCAAGAAUAUUUGGUGAAGCCAACGGUGCUUCUGACACAUUUGCUGGACACGACAGAAGUAGACAUGGAAGUCUACGCUUGUGAGACCGCAAUUGAUUAUAUGAAGGCCUAUUACAAGGUCGCAUUGAAGAGAUUUAUCGAUGAUGUUAGCGUUCUCGCCAUUGAAAACUGUUUGAUCCGGCCUCUGCCAGAUCUAUUCACCUCCAACGUCGUCUUUGACAUGGCCGAAGAUCAAGUCCGACAGCUUGCAGCGGAAAGCCAACAACUAAUCGACGAGCGCGCACAAUGUCUUGAAAGACAGGAAGUUCUUGAGAUUGGACUCCAGACACUGAGACCUCUCAGCAGACUCAGUAUAGUCGAUUCAGAUGCUGUGGGAGAAGUUGAUCCUGACGAGAACACGUCCCUGACGGGACCAGAGGAGUCUGAAGUCAUCUCAGGACAUUCGACGCAAGCGGGAUCAUCAGUAGCUGGCUUGGAGUCUAGGGGAACCGGGGCUGUACCCGAGCAGAAUAUGCCGGUUUCAGAUGAAAAACCUAUGUCUACAUGGGGUAUUGAAACAGCCGCGAAGGAAGAACCUGAGGAUCUAUGGGGGAUUACUGUAACUAGGCAAGCUAUAGUGCAGUGAACACAAGGGAUUAUGCUGUUGUUGUGGGCUUUGGAACCGAAUAAGGAUAUGCAUAGGUUGCUUGCAGAACGUUGGUUUGUGCCACAUUCGUAGGCACUAUAGUAUCUUGCGGUUGCAUCUUGUCCUUUCUCUGCGCAACCAUUGUCAAGCACAUGACAAAGAAUAAUUCCAUGUUGCGUGCUCCUGGGGCCAAGAGAGUGUAUUUUCCCGACCGCUCGACUGGCGAUCUUGUCCAUUCUCCAAGCAGAGAAGUCUCAAGUCGCCACGUAAGCUCCUCAUAUAUCCAGAUUCCACUGUUCAACACAGACUCAACCUCCCAAUAGUAUUCAGCCAGCCAGCAUUUCUACACACACACACACAGAGUUUAUUACGCCCUGGCUAAGCCAUAAAGGGCUCUUACGUCUAUCUUACAUGCUCCCCUUGUUGAGUUUUUACCCUGAUCUUGUAUAAACCCAGAAGCAAGAUCCACUCCCGUCUGUGUCAGUGGUUACUCCUUCCAAUCUUUGCGGUUUCUCGU